AUGGCCCUCAGUAUCCGGCAGAAGAGGGUGAAUGGCGUCGAGGGGUAUUUCGGUUUCAUCAUAGGUAGCCAAACGGUAACCCCCGAUCUCGGGAUUGGCAAUAUAGAUAUAUGGACCAAACCAUUAUCAACACCUAACUGUUCGGCAUUUGUUUUUUUGAACUUUGGUACUUCAACUCCUACAAAAGUUUCCGUCAAACUUUCUGAACUCGGUCUGCAAGGUCGAAACGGCUACAAAAUAUAUGAAGUUUUCAGUAACAUUCCAUUUCCCAAGAUUUACUACUUAAAUUCAACUUUUGAGUCAAAUGUCAAUCCAAGCGGUGUUUUUUUUGGAAAAGCCAUCGCAUUGUAA